AUGUCUUCAGACAAAAAGGAUACUGCAAUCCAUCCUGUACCUUCCCAAGGUCAUGGUGAAAUCCAAGAUGACACGAAAAGACAAUUACAUGAGGAUAAUGUCGACGAAGCCGCCAAGUAUCUUGCUGUCGCUCAUGCCGAGCAAUAUGCGCCCUUGACGCCGGAAAGGGAGAAACGACUCCGAAAGAAGAUCGACAGUUGGAUGAUUCCCUUGCUUUUGUUUACCGCCACUCUUGGAGCCGUAGACAAGGUUGAAAUCGGUACUGCCUCCCUCUACGGAUUUCAGACCGAUAAUCACAUGCAUGGUCAGCAAUACAGCUGGCUUGGGAGUAUCUUACCUCUUGGUCAACUCUGCGGAUACGUAAUAACUACGUGGCUCGUCCACAGAGUCCCACCAGGGAAGCUUUUGUGCACUGCUUCCUUGCUAUGGUCCAUACUUACUGUCUUGUAUGCGGCUUGCCAUUCCUGGGCAGGCUUCAUGGCUCUUCGAUUUUUCAUGGGCUUCGUGGAGUCGGCGAUUACUCCAAGCCUGACCAUGUUGGUGGUCAGCUUCUAUAAGAAAGAAGAACAACCUCAGAGAAACGCCAUUAUUUUUGCCUACUUCUCCUCAAUAUUCAACGGCUUCUUUGCUUGGGUAGUGGGAUACAUACCUGACUCGGCACCGCUAAAGAAGUGGCAAUAUCUGUACCUGAUCACAGGCUCUAUCAACAUCCUAUACUCGCUGUUCCUCUGCGUCGUCCUUCCAGAUAGUCCCAUGAAUUCUCGUUUUCUCACAGAAGAGGAGAAAUUCUGGGCCGUGGAACGACUCGCAUCAAACCGGACAGGCAUUUCUAACAAGGUUUGGAAAUGGGAGCAGGCCUGGGAAGCGCUAGGGGACGUCAGAAUUUGGCUGAUAUUUUUCUUCAAUAUCGCCAUCAACAUUCCCAAUGGUGGUCUGCAGGCCUUUGGAACCAUCAUUAUCUCUGACUUGGGCUUCAGCAGCCUCAAUGCCAGCUUACUCACCAUGCCCUUUGGCGUUUUGGCAACUUCCAGUGCCUGGUUCUUCAGCUAUAUUGCCAGCAGGACCCAGAGAAGAACAAUUGUGGCUUGUAUCGCGCUGUUGUUGCCCAUACUUGGCACAGCACUAGUCUACGGUUUACCACGGUCGAACAUAGCAGGACAACUAGUUGGCCUGUACUUCAUGUAUUUCUACUGGCCCCCUUACGUGGUCGGCAUCUCCUUGCCUCAGGCCAAUACCGCUGGCCAGACCAAAAAGUCCAUUGCCUUCAGUCUUGUCACUAUAGGCUACGCCGUCGGCAACCUGAUUGGGCCCCAGACCUUCGUUUCUAACCAGGCUCCCAAAUAUACAGGCGGCGUCAUUGCGAUGCUGGUUUGUUACUGCAUUUCCAUCUCACUUCUUCUGCUGUAUUUCGCCAUUGUUACUGUGGAGAACAAGAGAAGGGAUAAGAAGUAUGGACGACCGGAAGCGAUUCAUAAUGUGGUGGAGGGCUUCGCUGAUAUUACAGACAAGAAGCAGGAGAAUUUUCGAUAUACUCACUAG